AUUUGAAAUACAACAUUGCCAACUCGUUAUUAACUGGUUUUAACAAUUGACGCAAAAAUAUGUUAAUCUAUUUCUCUUGCGCAUGAGAGUUGCUCAUCUUGUUUCUUCUACCUCUGUUUAAGUGUCUCUUUUCUGACGUGUAAACCGAGUAUCUUAUUUCUUCUGGAAAAGUCGUCUUAGCCGACUCGUUCCAACUAGUUCUUUUUUUGCCAGUAACAACAUUCAAACACCGAAUUUUUGAUAAAAGAUAAUCUGUUCUACUGCAUCAUUGACUUUUUUUUCUGCUUCUGUUUGUCUUGACGCGUUCAUAGCGCUCCUGGAACGAUUCUGUUCAUUUAACGUUGUGUGCAACACUGGUUCUUGAGAUUGAGUCGAGAUAUUCCGAAUAAUGUCUCGUAAGGCGGUCAUUCGACACCGACGUAAUCCUGUUAAGCCGAAUGGUUAUGCUAGUCAUGGGAAACUGCUGUUCGCUGCAUUACUGGAAACAUUCUGCCAACUGUACGAUUCGGAUCCAGAGCAAUCACGGAAACUCUUUAAACUCAUAUGUCAGACACUGAGAAAUAUGGGUAUUCUUGACGAAGAGUAUAUGGAUGAAUUGUCGGGAAUACGUAUGACUUAUCAGAAUGCGCUCCAUCAUUUAAUAAUACAAGCUAAGCAAAUCAUGCAUGAGGAUGUUCCUCCUUCAUCCAGUACUUCCUCUGCUGACCUGUUGGAGCAACGUACUUCACAGUCUCUAGUCCUUUCUCCCAGACAACAAACUCUGCAACUUAAUUCUAGUCCUUCCACACCGAGGAUGUUGUUGGAUUUGGAGGGCAGAGAUUUGAAUCCGUGGAGUACGCAGAGAAAUUCGCGCUACUCUAAUGACUUUGAUGAAAAAAGGCUUCUUGGAAAGGGCGGAUUUGGUGCUGUGUACCAAGCGCAACACAAGGUUGACGGAGUGGACUAUGCUGUGAAAAAGAUACACCUCAAUUUGCACCAUUAUUCCUAUUCAAAGGUGUUUCGUGAAAUUAAAUCGCUUGCUCGGAUGGACCAUCCGAACGUCGUACGUUACUUUUCCAGCUGGCUCGAGCAUUCGAGUGAAACUAAAACUCAAUCCACAAACAUGGCUCAUCCCAUGUCUUCUACACAUCCAUUUGAGCAGGAAACGGAUGAUCUCAUCGUUGAACCUUACUCUCCCACACUUUCGUUUCAAUCCGACACAGCCGAAGAACCUUCACGAGUCGACGAAGAAUUGGGAGAAAUUGUGUUUGAAAAGAGCACUACGAGAAAUGAAACUGAUAGUGAAGAGGACGACAGUAGCGUUACUCUAUCUAGCACAUCUUCAUCCACAGAUGAUUCUUCCUCCUCGUCUAAUGAUUCGUCUUCGGUUACUCAAAGCAGCCUUGAAGAUAUUGAGGGACGUAUAGGAAAUUUAGUCCUGCAUCAAACAAGCCCUCCGCCGUCAGAACACGACGAGGAAGAAACGGGAUACUUUGAUACGGACCACAAUGCUUGUGAUGGCUUGGCAACUCCCAGUCCGUCGUAUCGUUUAACGUUAUACAUACAAAUGCAACUUUGCCCGGAUGACAUGGCAUCAUAUUUGGAACGGAGAAAUCGUGUUUUAAGCUUCCCCAUGUCAUCCUUUCAAACUCAACUUCACUUAAACCUCUUCCGUGCGAUUCUACAGGGUGUUCUUUAUGUUCACGAAGUCAUGCAUCUCAUUCAUCGAGACUUAAAACCCGGAAACAUAUUUCUUGCACAGUCAAAAGUUGAUGAAAGGGGUAGUGUUUUGUUGAACACUUUUCGAAACGGUGAGCAGAGUGAUGAUCUGACGUUCGUGACACCCAAAAUCGGUGACUUUGGCUUGGUGCUGGAUCGUCGAAUGGGUUCUAGAGCACUUACACCGAGUACGGGAGGUCGCCAGUUUGGUCCAGACGCUGUUAUAUUUUCAAACAAUGCAGGUACAUCUACUUAUGCGCCUUCUGAAGUCCAUGCCCUGGACUCUGAAGGACGAGUUCCAAUUUCGGAAAAGGUGGAUGUGUAUGCACUAGGUAUUAUCUUGUUUGAGUUGCUGUAUCCAAUGCGCACUGGCAUGGAACGGAUGGUAUGUUUGCGUAAAUUGAAGCAAGGUAUUCUUCCGGAGGAAUUUGUAAAACAACUGGUGUGUGAAUCGACCUUAAUCCUGUGGAUGACGGCACUUGAUCCCAAGAAGCGGCCCUCUAUCUCUACAAUCCUGCAAAGUGAUCUGCUGUACAAAGGAGGUGGAAAGUCUACCGAAAUAAUUGCUUAUGAAGCAGAUAGAGUGCAGGCAGCGGAUAUGGAAAACAGUCUCCUUCGUACAGAGAACAUGAAACUACGAGCUGAGAUAGAAGCUCUUCGUGCUAAACUGCGUGAGAAGUAAUGAUUUAUGACUUAUGAUGAGCAUAUGCAUGGAGAAACAUGACAUAGACGAAAUGCAAUGAACAACAACUUAUUACCACUAACAGCAGCCUUCGUUUUUUAUUUAUCUUUCUUCCUUUCUUUCUUCCUUUCUUUCCUCCCUUCUUUCUCCCAACUUCCCUCACAAGUUGUUCCUAAACGCACCGUUUUAUUUAAAACUAAAAACCUCAAACACAUGAGCUGUCCCAAAAAGUAUCAUUUUUAACCCCCAUUUACCAAGCAUUUGACAUAGAAGUCGGUUUUUCCAAUUCCUCCUCGCGUUCGUAUUCGAUUUCAACGUGAGGACCACGUCUCUUAGCGGGUCUCUUUGUUGUAGAUUUCCGCUUCCGCGAAGGGCCUUGUUGUUCUUCGUCGUCUGAAGAUGAUUCAGAGGAUUCUUCCUCAUCACUCUCCUCAGAAAGCGAUUCAUCCUCGUCCUCAUCAUCAUCCCCACUGGCGAGCCAGUCCUCGAGGUCCGAGAUUUCCUCUUCUUCUUCUUCGUCACUGACAAAUUCCAUCUCGGCUUCUUCCAAGUCCUCGAGUUCUUGUGCUUCAUCAACAAGACCCUCCUUGGCAGCGAGGACCUUCUUCCAAAUGUCUUCGUUGACGUUCAGGGGUUGAUCACCAUAGACACCGCUCUUUAGACGCUCAACCAACUCCUUUUCAAUAUUCUUUUCGAGUUUUGCUGCAAUGAGAGCUUUACGUUCACGAGUCGUCUCUCUACGGGUUUGUUUGGGCUUGAUAGGAAUGAGUGUGGGUUGGUGCUUUAAUGCCAGUCUCCGGGCCUUCAGCAAGUACUGUGUGAGACGAGUAAGUCUCUGUUUGCACCGAUGAAUUUGAGGGCCAGGCCAGUAGAGUAAAUGCUUAUCGAUUUGCUCCAGAGCUUGAGCAUAGUUUUUAGACAGCUUAAUACGCUGCCAUAAUUUUGCAGGAGUGAAUGCACGUUCAAUGGUUUUCAUGUACAGGUACAGUUUGCCAUUAUCCUCACGAAUCGUUGCAUACCUCGAGUUUGCUAGCGGACAGGAUUCACGAUUGCAGAGACCCGUAACAUUGUACUCGUUUCUGCAGAAGUUCUGCGCUUCUCCUCUACGGUUUUGUUAGUGAAAAAGUUCUUUUUAAGCUAAAAAAACACGAAAAACACGAAACCCUCUCCUUUUUUCCCGCAAAAAAAGGGAAUCUCGUGCUAAUACAAAGCUGGAUGCUUACUUGACCCUGUAGGAACAGAAUUCGUGUCCAACGACCUGCCAAAUGAUCUCGUCCUGCUGCAUUUUGAGGUAAAGGGUGGAGGCUCCGAGGAGAGUGUUCUUGGACUCUGCAAAAAAUUGAGCGGUGGCAUCGGUGGAGGUUGUUGUGCGAGAUAGCGGGGGAGAGGGUAGAAAUGAUAAGCUUAAGUUGUUUUAGGUUAUCGUAUCUAAGCGAAG